AUGCUUUUGUUUAUCGUUCACUUCAUUGUAAACAGAGAUGCAUACUUUAUUGGUGUUAAAUUGCAUAUAUCAAUUGGUGAGGAGCCUUCAAGAAGGGCUGGUGUGGAUGUUUUUGCUGAAAUGGGAGUUGAAGUUACAGUGGAGGACUUUGUCCCUUUCAUGGGAACUGGCGUGGCAAACUUCUUAGGGGGUGCAGCUUCUGUUAAAGGAGUGAAGGGAUUUGAUCCUGAGGCGGCCAAAAAGAGGUUCUUUGAGAUAUAUCUGGAGAAGUAUGCAAAACCAAAUUCAGGGAUAGGGUUUCCUGGACCCCUUGAACUGAUUAAUCAGUGCAAAAGCAAAGGCCUAAAAGUUGCUGUUGCAUCUAGUGCUGAUUGCAUCAAGGUUGACGCAAAUUUAGCUGCUGCUGGUUUACCAAUAUCAAUGUUUGAUGCUAUUGUGUCAGCAGAUGCUUUUGAGAAUUUGAAUUUAUUACUUGAAAAGUUGGAUGACUUGAUGGAAAUUGAAAUAAACAUUAGUGUAAGCAGCUGGCAGAUCCCCAAUGAGGUGACAGAAUUGAGAAAGAAGCAGGAUGAUGGCAUUUCAAAAGAUCAUUUAAUGUCAGUGCCAAGUACUAACAUCACGAUUGAAAAAGCAUCUGCUCCAACAACUUUGGGUGCUCCUGCUGUUAACACAGGCGGAUGUGAUGCCACAACUCUGAGAACCUCAGGGGCAGGAUCAUCAUCUGCCCUGGAUUUGAUCAAGAAGAAGCUGCAGGACUCUGGAACUCCUGUUACUUCCUCAGCUGCUCCAGUUGCAUCAGGAACAGAAAUGCUUAAGGAAAGAGGAGUGGCACCAUUCUCAAAAUGGGAGAAGGAACUUCCAAAGAUAGUAUUUGUUCCCCGUUUUAAGGCCAUCCCAAGUCAAUCGGCAAGGAGGGCCUUGUUUGAACACUAUGUUAAGACACGCGCUGAGGAGGAAUGUAAGGAAAAACGAGCAGCUCAGAAGGCUGCAAUAGAGGGAUUCAAGCAGUUACUUGAAGAAGCAUUAGAGACAUUUAGAAAGAAAUGGGGCAGUGAUCCACAGUUUAAGGCGUUAGACCGCAAGGAUCAAGAACUUUUGUUGAAUGAAAGGGUCCUUCCAUUGAAGAGGGUUGUUGAAGAAAAAGCUCAAGCAAUACGUGCUGCUGCUGCCUCUAGUUUCAAGUCUAUGCUUAAAGAAAAAGGGGAUGUAACUAAAGAUAAUGAUCCUCGCUUACUCACAUCUCCUUUGAAGUUUCCCAGUAAGCUGGCGAUUGAUAUCCUUAACAACCGGCUCUUCACUUCGGACAGUAACCAUAACAGAAUAAUAGGUACUAUAUUGACAGGAGGUCUAUCAGUCCAAAUCGGUAGCUCAAGAGAGGAAGGUCUACGUGAUGGAUCCUUCGAGGAGGCCACAGCCACCUUUAAUCGUCCUCAAGGCUUGGCUUACAAUGCGAAGAAAAACAUCCUUUAUGUUGCAGAUACUGAAAACCAUGCUUUAAGGGAGAUUGAUUUUGUUAAUGAAAAGGUGCAAACUCUUGCUGGAAAUGGAACCAAAGGUCUACAGUACCAAGGGGGAGACGAGGGAAGCUCUCAGCUCCUCAAUUCUCCAUGGGAGGUCUGUUUUGAGCCAGUAAAUGAGAAGGUUUGCAUUGCAAUGGCUGGCCGACAUCAGAUCUGGGAACACAAUACACAUGACGGAGUUACUAAAGCUUUUCGUGGCGAUGGUUAUGAAAGGAACUUGAAUGGAUCAAGCUCUACAACCACAUCAUUUGCACAACCGUCCGAAAUUUCAUUAUCUCCUGAUUUCACAGAAAUUUAUGUUGCGGAUAGUGAGAGUAGCUCCAUACGAGCACUCAGUCUAAAAACAGGGGGAUCAAGAUUACUAGUUGGUGGUGAUCCUUUUUUCUCAGACAAUCUGUUCAAGUUUGGAGACCAUGAUGGAACAGGAUCUGAAGUCCUUCUUCAACAUCCACUAGCUGUCUUUUGCGCGAAGGAUGGUCAAAUUUAUUUUGCAGAUAGGUGCAAUCACAAGAUCAAGAAGCUGGAUCCAGCUAGUAAAGGGGUCAGUACCCUAGCAGGGACUGGGAAAGCUGGUUUCAAGGAUGGAACAGCCCUAGCAGCUCAGCUUUCGGAGCCAUCAGAAAUCGUCAAAGCAAAGAACGGUGUCUUCUCUGUUUCAUUAGCCACAAACAGAAAGCUUCUCAUAGCUGAUACAAACAAUAGUGUCAUAAGAUACCUAGACUUGAAAAAGAAAGAGCCUGAACUUCUUACUCUAGAGCUAAAAGGAGUUCAACCUCCCGCACCCAAAUCCAGAUCGCCAAAACGCCUCAGGUGGCGAUCAUCAGCUGACACUGAGACCAUUGUUGUUGAUGGUGGUGUCCAAUGA